ACAAAAUCCAAUUCUUAUCCGCAAUAUUUGCAUCCACCGUUCCGUCCGUACGCCCCCUUCUCCCGCAGGCAGUCGCGCGGUGCCGCGGUGAGCUCGCGGCAGCCGUAGGAGGGAUGGAAGCUGCAAUCCCCCUCGGCCUGGCCCUCCCCCGGAGCAGCACCGGCAUCUGCAGCUUUUCCGUGCUGCUCAAGUCCUCCCCCAAGCCCAGCCUCGGCUGCUUCGGCAGGGUCCCCGGAAAGCCCGCGCUUUUCCCGCCCCGCGCCGUCUCCGAGGACCGCGCCGACGCCACGCCGCAGUGGCAGCUCGACUUUCUGGGGGCGGGCGCGGGGAGCCCCGACCCGCCCGAGGAGGAGGAGGAGGAGGGAGAGGAGCUUCUCCCCGUCGAGGCCACCGACUGGUGCGUCCGCGCGCGCCGCUCCGCGCUGCGCUCCAUCGAGGCGCGGGGCCUCGCGCCCUCGCUGCAGCGGAUGGUGUCCACGCCCAAGAAGAAGAAGAAGAAGACCGCCAAGAAGAAAGACCUCAAGAAGGCGGCCGCCGAGCUCAAGCGCCGCAAGAAGCAGCUGGAUGCUGCCUUGGAAGAUGAAGAUGGAGACGAAGGCGAGGACGAAGACGACGACGUCGUUGACGAUUUGCGGGACAUGGACGACCUGGAGCUCCGGGUCGCGCAGUUCGCGGACGGCAUGUUCGACGAAAAGCGCCAGAGGAACAGGGAGGCGUUCGUCCAGACGCUGUCCAGGUUCUCGGCCGCGCCGUCCAACCGGAGCAAGGAGGUGUCUUUGAACCGCUCCAUCGUCCAGGCGCAGACCGCCGACGAGGUGCUGGGCCUCGCGGCGGAGGUGAUCGCCGACGUCGCCAAGGGUCUCAGCCCCUCGCCGCUCACGCCGCUCAACAUCGCCACCGCGCUUCACCGCAUUGCCAAGAACAUGGAAGCAGUGUCCAUGAUGCAGACUCACCGCCUCGCCUUUGCGCGUCAGAGGGACAUGUCCAUGCUCGUGGGUCUGGCCAUGGUGGCCCUGCCAGAGUGCUCGCCACAAGGUGUCUCCAACAUCGCCUGGGCCUUGUCCAAGAUUGGCGGUGACCUGCUCUACCUGUCGGAGAUGGGUAGGAUCGCUGAUGUUGCCAUCACCAAGGUUCAAGAGUUCAACGCACAGAAUGUUGCCAACAUUGCCGGAGCAUUUGCUUCCAUGCGCCAAUCAGCACCAGGGCUUUUCUCAGCUCUGGCCCAGAGAGCAGCACAGAUACUGCAAACCUUCAAGGAGCAAGAGCUUGCUCAAUUCUUGUGGGGAUGUGCUUCUUUGAAUGAGUGUCCCUAUCCUUUGCUUGACGCACUAGAUGCUGCUUUCCAGAAUUAUGCCAGGUUCCAAUGCCAUGUAUCUGAUGUAACAUCAAGCAUGCAUCAAGAAAUGGACCGUCCUCUGAACUUCAGCCGAGAUCAGACUGGGAAUAUUGCUUGGUCCUAUGCUGUAAUUGGCCAAAUGGACCGUCCAUUCUUUUUACAUAUCUGGAGAACUCUGAGUCAAUUCGAAGAGCAACGGGUCUCCGAUCAGUAUAGAGAAGACAUGAUGUUUGCUUCACAAGUUUAUCUUGCAAACCAGUCCUUGAAGCUUGAAUACCCAAAUCUUGGAUUGUGCUUAAGGAGUGAUCUUGAGGAGAAAAUAACAAGAGCUGGAAAGAGCAAAAGGUUCAAUCAGAAGACAACAUCUUCAUUUCAAAAGGAGGUUGGGCGUCUUCUCUACAGUACAGGGCAUGAGUGGGUUAGAGAAUAUGCAAUCGAUGGUUACACUGUUGAUGCGGUGUUAGUUGAUGAGAAGCUUGCAUUUGAGAUAGAUGGGCCGACACACUUCUCCAGGAAUUUGGGUACACCUUUAGGCCACACAGCAUUUAAACGUCGCUACAUUGCUGCUUUAGGGUGGAAAUUAGUUCCCUUGUCUCUUCAAGAGUGGGACGAGCUCCAAGGUGAGUUCGAGCAAUUGGAAUAUUUGAGGAGAAUAUUAGACAUAGAGGCUGAAUAAGUGCGACAGUUGUGCAAUAGAGAUUGAGCAAAAGAACUUCUAAAAAGGACAACUACACGGACCUCUCCAGAAGUCCAGGCCAUUUUCCUGAACAUUUUUGUGGACCUGUCAGUGAGCUUCGGGAACUUCAAGUUAGCUCAAAAUUAAGAUGUGCCAUUUUGCUCUGGGUAGUUUUAAGUUAGCUAAGCAUUAGUGAUAAGAAAUACAGUUUGAAGUAACUGUACCAUGCUAAUUUUGAGACAGCCACUUUGCACUGAAGAAGAUCGGAAGCAUUUCUUAUAGUCAAUUCUUGAACAUCGUAGCAUAUUAUAUCGUACUAUGAACAAUGCAGUGAGCAAUAAGCUCCCUAUAGAAGAAUCGUCAUGCUGCACAUUG